UUAUGUGGGCUACUUAUGACUCCUGUUUCUAUUUUAUAGUAUUUCAAGUAAGUGGCCCAUUUGUUAUCUUAUACUGUUUUGUUUUAAAGGUGCGACAACAGAAGCUGUCUUAAUUAAAGAAAUACUAUCAAUGACUGUAUUUCCCAUUGGGAGUAAAACCUGGAGACAAAAUUUUCUUACUUUAAGCAGUUUUAAUGUCAGAAAAAAGGCAGCCUUAUAGUGUAGAGGAAGCAAUGGAGCAACUGAUAGCACCUAGUGGACAAAAAUGGGCCAAUAUGGAUCCAGAAGAACGAAUGUUAGCUGCUGCUACAGCUUUUACACACAUCUGUGCAGGACAGGGUGAAGGAGAUGUAAGGAGAGAAGCCCAGGCUGGCCAGUAUGAUCCCUACAGUAAAGCCUCGAUAACAGCAGGAAAGAGACCUGCUCUUCCUGUGCAGCUGCACUACCCACAUGCUACAGGAAACCGUGUCACUUCAUCAACAGUUUCAGAGGCUUCCCAAAAAUGGAGAAAGCCAGUGAUGAAGAGGAAGGUGCUGCGCAGAAGGCCAGAUGGGGAAGUACUAGUGACAGAUGAGUCUAUUAUCAGUGAAUCGGAAUCUGGCACAGAGAACGAGCUGGAUCUCUGGGACUUGAGACACAGGCUGAUGAACCUGCAGUUCCAAGAGGGCACAGAGUCCCCAGUGGACGCUUCCCAAAAAUUCAACCUGCCACAUGAAUACCAAGGAAUUUCACAAGAAGAUCGGCUCAUUUGCUACCUAGGAAGAGAAGAAAUGGGCCCUCCUGUUUAUGAGCAAGACUUGAUUGUUGCCAGCAGACCCAAGUCCUUUAUUCUCCCCAGGCUGGAUCAGUUAGGCCGAAACCGGGGCAAGAUAGACCGAGUAGCCAGAUACUUUGAAUACAAAAGGGACUGGGACUCAAUGCGGUUUCCUGGUGAAGAUCAUAGAAAGGAGUUACGAUGGAAUGUCCGAGGACAGAUGCUUUCCAGAACAGAACCCCAGGCCAAGCCACAACAUGUGUAUGUUCCAAACAACUACCUAGUACCAACUGAGAAGAAAAGAUCUGCCCUUCGUUGGGGUGUCCGUUGUGACCUUGCAAAUGGUGUCAUGCCCAAGAAACUUCCCUUCCCUCUUUCUCCUUCUUAAGUCUUUUUUUAAAACCUGUCUCUCCUUCCAUGGGAUUUAGGAUAACCUAGUUCCUUCUCUCACUUUUAAAUACGACUGACUUGAAAAGCCUGCAGAA